ACAUCAUGUGGAGCGGGCGACCGGUCCAAGAUGGCGGCCCCGUGGCGGUUUUCGGUGAUUUUCUGUGGAGCUACCGGAAAUGCUCGUUCUACACUUCCGGUUGGGAAUCCCUCUCUGGUGGUGGCUCGGCUAAUAGCAUUAAACAAACGUUCAGGUCCACAAGACCCGGAUCCAGAGGUGGGAAAUUCUUUUGGGUUCAGGAAUUAAUCGGUUCUGAAGCGAGCCAUGGCUGACAGGUUCGCAGCCAGCCCCUGUUCAUCAGAACCAGAUAGCCCAGGGUCUCUGAACCGAGCCCUUCUUCUGGAACCUUCAGAUGCCCUGUGUCAUGAUCUGUCCGUGAUCGUCCCAGAAACACCCAGCCCACAGCUCAGUAGACGGCGCAAGUGUCUCCGGAGAGUGGAGGAGCAUUUGAGCCCUGUGGGGAUCAGAGGCUCUACUGGAGCAGCACCUCAAGAUUUUUCACAUAAAACAAAACGUCGACGACUGACUGAACACACCGGGGGCUUUGUUCCUGCCUCUUCUCUGAGGGCUUUUCCCCUGGGCAGCUGGCUGGAGACCCCCUCCUGCUCAGCAUCCUCCUCCUCUUCAGGGUCAUCUGCAUCCUGGCUCACACCUGUUUCAGUUGUCAGUUCAAAACGGGUUCAGACGGUUGCCUCUUCAUCACCGUCAGCCUCAGCAGCUUGUAGCUCCAGCUCACUGUCCUUUCUUACGGAAGAGGAGAGAAGAUGGCUCAGCGGAGAGCAGGGAAACACCUCACCAGCAGAGGUGGAGCCGAUCAUCAUAACCGACGAGGAUGAUGCCACUGUACGCACCUUACAGAUGGAGGAAGACGAGGCGCUUGCUCGAAACCUGCAGGCUCAGUUUGAUAAAGAGGAGCAGCUCAGCAGACACCAGCAUCAUCAUUAUCACCAGCAUCAGCACCGAUUGCAGCAAAGCCCACAUAGGCACUUCUCCUACAUGGAGCCUCACUGGAUGUCUCAGGUGUUGGCUGCUGUCUCCCCUCUGGUGGGCCUUGAAGAUGAUCUCAUUGGUCAGCACAGGCAGCGAGGACAGAGCAGGAGGAGAAACAUUCUUCCAGACCUUUCAAACGACGUUCAAGGAAACAACUAUGAGGCUCUUCUCGAGUUUGAGGAGCGCCAGGGGGCUGUGGUCUCCAAAAAACUGAGUCGCAGAGAAAUCCAGAGGUUUCCCACCAAAAAAUUCCAGUCGACCAAAACUACUGGGAACACGCAGUGUCAGAUCUGUUUCUGUGACUACGACGAAGGGGAGAAGCUCAGAAUGCUGCCAUGUUUCCAUGACUACCAUGUCCAAUGUAUUGAUCGAUGGUUGAAGGAUAACACCACCUGUCCAAUCUGUCGGGCCAACCUGGCUGAUGGGUCUUCUUUGGCCCCUCCAGGACUCUAACAAGAAUCUGACAUGGAAUUACUUAAGGAUCUGUGUUUUUAUUUGAUUUUAUAUUUUCAUUUUUCGGGCGAUUGCCUGACUCUUCAGGAACAACUUGCCGCUGAACUCAGGCGUUCUAAAUCAAAUAAAAAUGCUUUUUUUGUUGUUUUUAAA